GCCGAGGUGGGCGCCAAGAGCAGAGCGCCACAGCCCGCGCGCCCAGCCGAGCCGGGCCCGCCCGGGGUCUAUGGGGACGCCCCUCCGCGCCGCCCGGCCGGCCACACGCCGCGCCCGGAGUCAGCCUCGCAGCCAGGUAACGAGGCUGGGGUCCUGAGGGACCGCCCGCGGCUCGGAGCCCGCCUGAGGAGGCUCGCGGACAUGGCGGCCCCCUACCCCGGCUGCGGCGGCGCAGGCCAGGUCAAAGGCGGGGGAGGCCGUGGCGGCGGCAGCGUCGCGUGGGACUUUCUGCCCGGGCUCGCGGUCAAGGCCCCGCCGGGACCCUGCCUGCAGGCGCAGCGCAAGGAGAAAUCCCGGAACGCGGCGCGCUCGCGGCGCGGCAAGGAGAACCUGGAGUUCUUCGAGCUGGCGAAGCUGCUCCCCCUGCCCGGAGCCAUCUCGAGCCAGCUGGACAAGGCGUCCAUCGUGCGCCUCAGCGUCACCUACCUCCGCCUGCGCCGCUUCGCGGCGCUCGGGGCGCCCCCCUGGGGGCUGCGGACCUCGGGACCCCCAGCCGGACUCGCCCCUGGUCGCCGGGGCGCAGUGGCGCUGGUCUCAGAAGUCUUCGAACAGCACCUGGGAGGACACAUCUUGCAGUCCUUGGAUGGCUUCGUGUUUGCCUUGAACCAGGAAGGGAAAUUCCUCUACAUCUCAGAGACGGUCUCCAUCUACCUGGGUCUCUCACAGGUGGAGCUGACGGGCAGCAGCGUCUUCGACUACAUCCAUCCCGGGGACCACUCCGAGGUGCUGGAGCAACUGGGGUUGCGCGCCCCCAUGCCCGGUCCCCCCACCCCGCCCUCCGUACCCUCCUCUUCCUCUUCUUCCUCCUCCUCGCUGGCGGAUACCCCUGAGAUCGAGGCUAGCCCCACAGAAGCGCCCCCCUCCUCCCGCGGCCAGGAGCGCUCCUUCUUCGUCCGCAUGAAGUCCACCCUCACCAAGAGGGGGCUGCACGUCAAAGCCUCAGGGUACAAGGUCAUCCACGUGACUGGUCGCCUGCGGGCCCGUGCGCUGGGCCUGGUGGCCCUUGGCCACACGCUGCCUCCGGCCCCACUGGCUGAGCUGCCCCUCCACGGCCACAUGAUCGUCUUUCGUCUCAGCCUGAGUCUCACCAUCCUUGCUUGUGAGAGCAGAGUAAGCGACCACAUGGACCUGGGGCCCUCGGAGCUGGUGGGCCGCAGCUGCUACCAGUUUGUCCACGGACAGGAUGCAGCCAGGAUUCGCCAAAGCCACCUGGACCUGCUGGACAAGGGUCAGGUGGUGACCGGUUACUACCGCUGGCUGCAGCGCGCUGGAGGCUUUGUGUGGCUUCAGUCCGUGGCCACCGUGGCUGUGAGCGGGAAGAGCCCUGGGGAGCGUCACGUGCUCUGGGUCAGCUACGUGCUCAGCCAAGCCGAGGGUGGCCAAACACCUCUGGACGCCUUCCAGCUUCCAGCGAGUGUGACCUGCGAGGAUGUGUCCAGCCCAGAGCCAGAGCCCACAGAGCUAGAGCCUCCAGUGGAAGGGGAGCAGGCUGCGCCCCCAGACAAGGACGAGGCCCAGGGCAAAUGCAUCAAAACAGAACCCAGGCCAGGAGACACUAAGAACGCGGAGGACAGUGAGGACGAGGAGCCCGCGCGCCCCCCACGCCCGGAGUUCACUUCCGUCAUCCGGGCGGGCGCCCUGAAGCAGGACCUGGUGCGGCCAUGGGGCCUGGCGCCUCCAGGGGACCCCCCACAUUCCCUCCUCCACGCGGGCUUCCUGCCCCCCGUUGUGCGGGGCCUGUGCACCCCCGGCGCCAUCCGGUACGGCCCCGCGGAGCUGGGGCUCAUGUACCCCCACUUGCAGAGGCUGGGCCCGGGCCCCACGCUGCCUGAGGCUUUCUACCCCACCCUGGGUCUGCCAUACCCGGGCCCCACCGGCAGCAGGGCGCAGCGAAAGGGGGACUUCCGCUGAGCCGGGA